AUGGCGGCACAGCCUCGGAGAGCUCAGGUGGAUUGCCAAAUUGACGCCUUCUCUAGGGUUCAAGAACUUUUUGAUGGAGUUGAACGGGUUGAUGGUGGUGAUAAUGUGGCUUUGUGGUUACUUCAACAAUUUUCUGACUUGAAUGAUGUUAAAGAGUUGUCAAUAUUGGAAAGUAGACAGGGUACAUGUUUACCACCUUUUGACUUCAAAGAAGAAAAUAAUGCAUCUAGUACUGGUGGUUCUCUAGAUGAACCCCUGUUCCAGGAUCUUGCUGUAUCUGAUCUCAAGCCUUCUGCCAAUCCAAUGAAGCCAUUAAUAUCGGACACUGCUGAUUCAGUUCUUCCUCCUUCAGAAAGUGAUGGUCAAUGUGGCACACGUGUUACUUUAACACACUCAAAUCAAGCGCCUGUUGGUCCUGUUCCCUCAUCUCUUGAUUAA